GCCAUGUGAUCAGCUGCGUCCAAUCACAGCUGAUCACAUGGCACUGAUGAUCAGUGUGCCCUGAUAAUCAGUGUGGCCCCAGAAGUGCUACCUGUCAGUGUCCAUCAGUGCCAGCAGUCAGUGCUCAUCAGUGCCACGUGCCAGUGCCCAUCAGUGCCACAUCAAUGCCACAUAUCAGUGCAUACCAGUGCACAUCAAUGCCACAUAUCAGUGCCCACCUGAGCUGCCUUUCAAUGUCACCCAUCAAUGCCAGUCAGUGCCACCUAUCAAUGCCAAUCAGUGCCACCUAUCAG